AUGUUAUCAGCUGCUAGAAAUAACACAUUAAAGAACGCCUUGCGUCCUUUAGCCCGUUUCCAAUCGUCAUCGGCUGGUCCAAGCGGUCCAGUUAUCGGUAUCGAUUUGGGUACCACUAACUCCGCAGUUGCCAUCAUGGAAGGUAAGAUUCCAAAGAUCAUUGAAAACUCUGAAGGUGGUAGAACUACUCCAUCUAUCGUCGCCUUCACCAAGGAUGGUGAAAGAUUGGUUGGUAUCCCAGCCAAGAGACAAGCUGUUGUCAACCCAGAAAACACUUUGUUUGCUACCAAGAGACUUAUUGGUAGAAGAUUCGAGGACCCAGAAGUCCAAAGAGAUUUAAACCAAGUCCCAUACAAGAUUGUUAAGCACAACAAUGGUGACGCUUGGUUAGAAGCUAGAGGUGAAAAGUACUCUCCUCAGCAAAUCGGUGGUUUCGUCUUAAACAAGAUGAAGGAAACCGCUGAAGCCAACUUGGGUAAGACCGUCAACAACGCUGUUGUCACUUGUCCAGCUUAUUUCAAUGACGCCCAAAGACAAGCUACCAAGGAUGCUGGUAAGAUUGUUGGAUUGAACGUCUUGAGAGUUGUUAACGAACCAACCGCUGCCGCUUUAGCUUACGGUUUGGAAAAGAAGGAAGGUGAAGUUGUUGCCGUCUUCGAUUUAGGUGGUGGUACUUUCGAUGUCUCCAUCUUAGAUAUUGGUGCCGGUGUCUUUGAAGUUAAGUCCACUAACGGUGAUACUCACUUGGGUGGUGAAGAUUUCGAUAUCGCUAUUGUCCGUAACAUUGUUGAAAACUUCAAGAAGGAAUCCGGUAUUGAUUUACAAAAGGAUAGAAUGGCCAUUCAAAGAAUCAGAGAAGCCGCUGAAAAGGCCAAGAUUGAAUUAUCAUCCACUGUUUCCACUGAAAUCAACUUACCUUUCAUCACCGCUGAUGCUUCAGGUCCAAAGCACAUCAACCAAAAGAUGUCUAGAUCUCAAUUCGAACUGUUGGUUGACCCAUUAGUUAAGAAGACUGUCGACCCAUGUAAGAAGGCUCUUAAGGAUGCUGGUUUAGCCACUUCCGAUAUCUCAGAAGUCAUCUUGGUUGGUGGUAUGUCAAGAAUGCCAAAGGUUAUUGAAACCGUUAAGCUGAUCUUCGGUAAGGAGCCAUCCAAGGCUGUUAACCCAGAUGAAGCUGUUGCUAUGGGUGCUGCCAUUCAAGGUGGUAUCUUAGCUGGUGAAGUCACUGACGUUGUUCUUUUAGAUGUCACUCCACUUUCCCUUGGUAUUGAAACCAUGGGUGGUGUCUUCGCUAGAUUAAUCUCUAGAAACACUACCAUUCCAGCCAAGAAGUCUCAAAUCUUCUCCACUGCUGCUGCCGGUCAAACCUCUGUUGAAAUCAGAGUCUUCCAAGGUGAAAGAGAAUUGACCAGAGACAACAAGUUAAUCGGUAACUUUACCUUAUCUGGAAUCCCACCAGCACCAAAGGGUGUCCCACAAAUUGAAGUCACCUUUGACAUUGACACUGAUGGUAUCAUCAAGGUCUCUGCCAGAGAUAAGGCUUCCAACAAGGAUGCUUCCAUCACUGUUGCUGGUUCUUCAGGUUUAUCUGAUUCAGAAAUCGAAAAGAUGGUUAACGACGCUGAAAAGUUCGCUGAAUCUGAUAAGGCUAGAAGAGAAGCUAUCGAAGCUGGUAACAGAGCUGAUCAAUUAUGUAACGAUACCGAAAACUCCUUAAAUGAAUUCAAGGACAAGGUUGAAACUGCCGAUGCUGACAAAUUAAGAGAACAAAUCGUUGCCUUAAGAGAAAUUGCUGUCAAGGCUCAAUCUGGUGAAGAAGUUGAAGCUUCAGAAUUAAAGACUAAGACUGAAGAAUUACAAAACGAAUCAUUAAAGGUUUUCGAAAAGUUAUACAAGAACUCUGAAAAUAACAACUCUUCUUCCGAAGAACCACCAAAGAACUAA